AUGGCCCAAUGGGUACGUGCUCGGCCUUUCGAGUGCGACUCCAUAUCCAAUGGCUCGCAAUGCCGUGUUAUUAUUGCAACGUUGAUGUUUACCCUGAAUAUCAAGGCUCCAGCUCUUCCAGGCCAAGGGGCAACGUUUGCCGAGUCACUAGACUUGUUUAAGUUGUUUGUGCUUUUGACCGCCCGGAAAGGAGGCUAUCAAGGUGGCCUAGUGAACAUACCUUAUUUUGAAGCUCAGACGUCAGGCUUGUGCUUGUCGAUCAAGGUACCGGACAUAAAUUCUAUUCAACUGGCUUUGACCUCGAUAUCUAUUCACUUGAAACUCUUCCACGGCAUUGCCUCGAAUCACUCUAGAAGCAAAGAGGUAGUCGCCAUGUAUACUUCUAGAGAAAUAGCCUUCAUUGUCAUCGGAAGCUUUGCAAUACUGACCUCGGUCUUGUGGAUUGCAUUUGUUGCUCAUGCGACUAUCUUAAAUGAUCAGGAAUCUCGACCAGAAAACAAUAAGCUCUCAAUUUCUGAGUUCGCCGCCGCCUGUUGCCUGAUAUUCUUUGGACUUCUCGUCCUAACACCGCCGAUACUGGCCUACAGCAUUGUGGUCCUUUGUCUGGCAAUUGCUGCUAUUAUCCCUGGCUUUCUCUUCAGAGCUUGUGUCGAACCCGUCUGUGGUCCUUUUGCUUGCAGCAAAACCGCAAAUGUGGUCGACAUCUUGGAUAUCGCCUUCUAUCCUUGCCUUUAUGUCCUCCAGUAUUGGGAGGCCUACAGUAUGUGGCUCAUCGGAGACGAGUGGGAGGAACCAACGUCUGCAAAAGCUCCAAUGCCGAAGAUCAAUGGCUCAGAGAAGGCAAUCGAAAGUCAAAGCGGCGAGCCAAACUCCAGUCUUUCCGACACAUAUACAAUCCGUUGUGGUGCACCUAUAUCAUUUCAAGAGUCUAAAAAGGGCACGAUGAGAUUCACUUCGACAUUGGCAAUCGAAGAUCUUCUAAAGGCAGAUCUUACAGACAUGUCACCUUCCAGUAUGAAGUCGUCUUGUCUUAAGGUUUCCACGUUGCGAUGCAGCCAAGAUGCCAUGGUUUUCCCAUCGCGGACGGAACGGCAUAUGAUCUAUUUCUUCGUAAUGCUGAAGGAAUUUACCUCUCCAGACCCUCGACAGUGUUGCUACCCCAAGGCGGAAUUCGGCUUCACCCCUGUCAUCUAA